AUGUCACCCACAAUGCAGUCGGAAAGUGUGGCCGAAGAGACACCGCUCGAACCGACUGCCGACCAACCAUUCCAUCAACCGUCGCGUAUGGACCAUCGAACCAACCGAUGCCGGAAGCGGCUACUGCACCUUGGGGACAGUCUGUUUUCGCUGUUUGUGAUAACGCCGCUAGUGGUAGCGCAUUGGCGCGGCACCUGGGGUUGGAUGGAUCUGAACGGAUCACACUUUCCUGGGUGGUUGUGUUUUCUGCUGGGCGCUACCUUGCACACGACGUUCGCACUGUUACGGGAGCCACUGAAUGCAGCGUUAGCCCUAUCCCGGAAUGCACCGAAAAGUCAUUGGAAAACGUUGAAACGGUGGAUGGUUAACCGGAUGUACACGUACGCGUUCAGUAUGGGAUGUUUGAUGCAUUGGCGAGGUGGAUGGAACGUGAUGGAGUUGUACUUUGCGUUUAAUCUUCUGCCCGCCCUUUCGAUAUCCGCGAUCUGUCUCGUGGGGCUGGUAUGGGCGAAAUCGGUCCGAAAUUUGCUAGCGCCACCAUUCAUCAUCCUCACCGAUCGAAAGGAGGCAAUGUUUAGCUUUCCGACGCGCUUCAGGAUGAAGGGCUCCAAAGAUCCCGGCCUAUACGUGCUCGACUGUAUGUUUAGCGUGUUAGUUAUCGGUUCACUGGUGGUGUUUGUUUGGCGUGGCCUUUGGGUGCUUCUCGACCUGAAGCUCUUCCCAGAAGAUCAUGGCACCUCGGCAUGGGCCUCAAUAAUUAUAGGUUAUGGUGUGACGGGAGUGACCUUCUCACUGCAGCCGCUAAUGCGAUGGACCUGCGACCGGUUGACCGGUUUCUGGCGCGUGGUGGUCGCAGAUCUGUUUCUAUUCUUUAGCUUCAUUGGCACAAUCAACGUGUGGCGAGGUGUUUGGCAAGCGCUCGAUACAUACUUUCUGCCCAAUGAACCUCUUCUGAGCAACUGGAUAACGCACGGUGCCGCUCUGCUACUGCUGAUACUACUCAACUGCUCCAACUCGGUCCUGGUGCGUGGUGUCUACAUCGAUGCGGAAGAACCUGCCGGACAGUGUGUCGUUUUCCCCGUCUACUACAUCCGGCUGUUCUUCCAGAAGGAGCGCAAGAAGAAGCAACGCCGCUUGUUUGAUGCACUCGAGCGGGCUGAUCUUAACAGUACCAGUGGUGUGCUACAGGACAAGAAGCAUCACCAACAUCAAGAUCAUAAGCCUCCGCAGCAACAGCAACAACAAAAGGAGCCUCAACAUCACAUCACCGCGGACCAAAACCAUCAGGUGAUCCGCAACCUGGAAGCCGUACCGCUUACCAUAAUAGACGAUCCAAAGAGCAACGGUGAUCAUAGUAGUCAAGCGCCUAGAAUGUAAGUCUACCACGUAAGAAA